UAGAAAUUCUAUUCCCACUGAGCACAGGCAGAUUGUGAGAGUCACCAAGUGGAACAAACUACAAGACCAUCCGAGAGGCUUCUCUAACACUCAAGCCAGGAAAAACAAUCACGGAAAAUGAUUCCCAAACCAAAUUGUGUCUAAUCUCUCUCUAUUGAUUAAUGGACCCAGGCUCAAGGAGAAGAGCUCCUUUGUCCUGUGCCUUGGGUCUGAGCCCCACUCUCUGUACUGCUAUCAUCUUCUCUGGAUGCUGUGGUCUCCACUAAAGGGACAAUACAAGGUGAAAUGCAGCCAUUUUCUUGGUCAGCAGCAGCUCAGAAACAAGAUGUCUUAGUGGCACCAUCCAGCAACACUCUCCUCGCCAGCUACCACAUCCCAGAUGGCUCUCAGACCUUAGUGUCAAUCGAGUGGAGAAAGGACUUACAGUUAGAAAAUAUCGUGAGCAAUUUGUGAGAAACUCACAAACCAGUUUGUUUUAAUUCUUUACCCUAAUCAUUUGUGUUUUAAAAAGCUGCCUCUGGAUUCAGGGGAAAAGGGGACCGUGAAACAACCAGAUAUGGCCCGCAUCAUGGAGGAACCUGGAGAUGAAAAGACUAAUAAAAUUUCAUAAUUAUUUUCCUGGGAACAUAUCAGCAAAGAUUUCAGUGUCUCCUUUUGGUUAUGUUGUAGAAAUUUCCAGAGAUAUUCACAUCACUCUUAGUAUGCUGGACAAGGAGGACAAUGAAGGCAAGGAAGAUAUUUACAGUAGUCUCACUAUCAUUAUCCAGAAUAAUGGCAACUUGAAUAACUCAGCUAUUCAAAGAAUGAUUUUUCAUGCCUCGAAGGACAUGAGGAACAAUGAGAACCCAAGAGAAAUCAGAAUGUUAGCCGGUGAGGUGUUAGUGUCUCUUGCUGAACAUGAUUUCAACUCUGUAAUGGAUGAAGUCCAAAGACAUUUCAAGAUCCUGGAGCUUCCCGAUGAAUUCACUGUCCUUGCCCUGGCUGAACUGGCACAUAGCUAUGUAUCGGAGAGCAUACCAUUUAUGACUAUGACCUUACUCACUAUGCAAACCAUGGUCAGGUUAGCUGAAGAAGAAAGGAUGAAAGAAGCAUUCUGUAUUGCCCUUCAGAACUUCAGUAAGGCUAUUUACAAAUAUAUCAACCACUGGGAAGACUUUCCUUAUCCUAAAAUGAAUGCCAACCGACUCUCUGAUAAAAUCUACAUGCUCUUUAGGUUCAUAAUGGACAAGUGGACAAUAAACAUGACCCCUGAAAUUAACAUAGCAAUCAUUAAGGCUCAUGGCCCAGCAGUGAGCCUCCUUCUCCACCGGGAGGACCUCCAAGAGUUUGCCUUGCACCAUGUGCCUUGGCUCUUAACCCAACUUAAGAAUCCGGAAACAGAUUUCUACAUCACUCAGAGUCUAAGACAAAUAUUGACUGCAGCUGACUUUUAUGACGUCUACAUUCCAAAGGGCACAAAAAGGUGCAUCUUUUCUAUCUUACAACAACAGAUCUGUGACAUCUCAGAGACUAGAAGUAAUGAAAAUGAAAAUGAAGCUGUUCAAUGUUUCCUCAUUCUGGUGCAUUCCAACACAGGAGACUUGCUAGAAUUUUUUGAAGAACAAGUGAGAACCUGUGAUGAGUGCAUCCGAGUGGGAACAUUCUCUUUUUUAAAAUCUGCCAUUGAUGCUUAUGAGCCCAGAUUGAGGGAUUAUAUUAUUAUGGUUGAAAGGAUAAUCAAAAUCGCCAUGGAUGAUUUCAGUAUAAAAGUGAGGACUGCCUCUCUCCUCCUCAUCCAGAGCAUGUGUGAAAAGGGCUACCUGGAAGCAAGUGAAGGGUGGCAGCUGAUUGAAUACAUCUUCUUCCAGUUUGCGUUGUCCAGAAGGAACAUGUUGGAUCCAAUAAAGCCUGUCACUCCGGAGGACUUAAUAGCAGAAAAUUCUGUCCUGCAACUUAGUGUUGAAAUCCUGCGGGGAAUGGACCCACUAGUUAAUGGAAUGCCUCAAGUACUAUGGCCAAAACUCCUGACUUUUGUGGUACCAUUGGAAUAUUGUGGACUUCUGCCCUAUCUGUUUAAUAUCCUUAGGAUCCUGCUGAUGGCAGAGGAACAGAAGCAAAAUGGGGAGGAGUCAACAGCCCUUGUCAUCUCUGCUGGGCCAGUGAAACUUCCUUCAACACAACAGCUGCUGGCUAGACUUCUGGUGAUUGCUGUCUUGGCCAGUGAGGGACAGCCUUGUGGGACUGGAGCAGUAGGUCUUCUAAAGAGCAUGCCCAAUAUCAUCCAUCCAAACUUAAUAGAUCUUUGGAAAGAACUCAUUCCUAAGCUGCUUCUCCCAUUGGAAGGAAACUGUUACAAAGUUGCAUUGUGGGAGGACAUGCUGCUGGAGCUUCUAAGGGAAUCUCUAUGGAAGAUCAAUGACAGAAACUGGAGUAUUCAACUGACUCAAGAGUUCAUGCUCCAGAUGGAAGGUUAUAAUGACAAUUCAAUUGAGAAGAAAUUCCUUUGGAAGGCUCUGGGAACCACACUAUCAUGCUGCCAGGAUGUAAACUUUGUAAGCACACAAUUGAAAGAGAUCAUAGUCAAUGCCGCCCAGUUAGGGUACCAGAGAGAGGCAACUGUUUCUAUUCUGGGAUAUUGUGCCAAGAAUCAUAUGGACAUUGUUUUAAAAGUUCUUAAAGCAUACCAAGAGGAAAUGAAGUCCUUUGCAAGUCGCUUUAAGUCUCUUUUUUAUGGAAAUAAGAGUUUGUCCAAGAUUGACCUUAUUGCCAUAUAUGGACAUGUGGCUCUCCAAGCUCCCAAAAGACAACUUCUCCCCAUCGUGGAAAAAGACAUCGUAACCCCAAUCCUGACUCUCUAUACUUCCAGCUGUCAGGUUUUGGGAAUAACUGUUUUAAAUAAGAACAUCGAUCUACAAAUGAACUUCACAAAAAGCAUCACUGAAAUUAGUAUUGCUGUUCGGGAGGCCGAAGAACUACUAAAUUUUAAUUUUUCCCAUAAGGAAGUGCUCCUUGGACACAUGCUGGAUUUGAUCAGAGAAGAACCUAUGGAUUCCUUAGCUAGCCCUGUCCGAUGGAAAGCAUUAAUUGCUAUUCGAUGGCUAAGCAAACUGAAACCUCAAUUACCUCUUAAUGACAACCUAAAUCUCUUGGAAGAAAGUCUUCGCAGUCUUGUUCUCCUUCCUCCUUUAACUGAAAUGAUAGAAGAUGGACAGUCUGAUGAGGACAAGGCACACAUCCAAUUUCUCUAUGGAAGGUCCUUGGAUGCUCUUGGAAAACUUAUGAGAACUCUAGUGUGGAGCACCUUAGACCCAGAAGAAUGUCAAGAAAUGUUUAAUCUUCUUCGAAUCUGGCUUGUUUCAUCAAAAGAAUGGGAAAGAGAAAGAGCAUUACAGAUCUGUUCAAAGGUCUUGAUAAACUGUUAUCAUUCACCAGACAGAUUUAAAAUUGGUCCUCUUCUUGGACUUUUUGCACCUCACUGUUGUGAUACCCUACCUACCAUCCGCCUGUGGGCUGCCGAUGCUGUUAUUGGUCUAUUUUUUCUCCAAGAUAUGCCCCAGGAAAUAGAGAAACUGAGGCGUCUGCAAGAAGGACUACACUCUACUGAUACCCAAGUCCAGCUCUGGAUUGCGUCUAAUAUGGCUAAGAUUGUUGGAAAAUUCAUCCCCAAUGAAGAAAUUCAAGCAUUCCUAGAAGAAUCACUAGAAAGUAUGGAGAACCUCAACCCUGAAUGUUCAAAGGCAUCCAGUAUAUGGGUAAUCACUAUCCUAAAGGAACAGGGAGAUACCUUGAAAAAAGAGUUGUUGGAUAUCUUGAGCUCAAUUUACCAUCACAUGCCCAUCCUCAGACUUAAGGAGCAAAGCUUCAGUUUUGUUCUACAGGCUAUCACUCAGAUAGCAAAUUUCCACCUCGAGGAAGUUGUUUGCAAUCUCUUGAAUAAGCCUCUUCCUUUUGAUAGGGACAUAAAAGCACUGUGGAAAGCACUAGCUCAGGAUGGUUGCCCCAACAUCCACCUCUUAAGAGCUUUAAUGGAUAAACUGGAGAGUGGGCUGGAUAAUGAAGGAGCAGAAUCAGAGACAAUUGCAGUCGCCUGUGCUAUAUAUGAGGUGGUGAACACUGGCAUCCCUAUCAGGGAUUCAUAUGCAGAGCUUUUCUACUUGCUAUUGAAGCUCAUUAGCUACACACUGGGACGCAAGAUGCCAACUCAAAACACGGCUGAGAGAAGGAGGAUCAUGCAGCAAGGACAGAGAGCUCAAGAUGGGGAUCCCUGCAGGCUUUCGACUACCACCCUGAGAUGUGUGCAAAACCAAGCUAUAAAAGAGGGUCUGGCCAAAGAGUCUGAAGAGGGAGACAAUUUAUGGAAUCUAUUGAGUAGCCCCCACUCCCACCAUUUAGGAGUGUGUGUACUGGCCAGGAGUGUGGUUGUCUGGCAACAGGACAUAAUGAUAGGCAUCAUGGAGCACAUGUUCCUAUCGCUUUCUUCAACCUCCGAGGCCUUCCGAAUAACGGGCACAGCAUUCUUCUCUGAGGUCAUGAAAGAGCCACUCCUUUGGAAACAGGGGAAUCUAAGAGAAGUUCUAUUUGUAAUAGACCAGAGUGCCUGGGACACCAAUACUAUUUUGAGACAAAUGGCAAUCAGAGGGCUUGGGAAUGUAGCCCUCGGGUCACCACAAAAGGUGAAGAAGAAUAAGCAGAUGUUGUUAGAAACAGUCAUCAGGGGUCUCUACCAUCUGACUCGAACAGAAGUCAUCUGUGAAAGCCUGAAGGCAUUGAAAAAAAUCCUAGAACUUCUCUCAGACAGAGAUGUGAGCUUCUACUUCAAAGAAAUAGUACUGCAAACAAGAACUUUCUUUGAAGACGAACAGGAUGAUGUGAGGCUGACUGCAUUCUUACUGUUUGAAGAUUUGGCAUCUCUAACAGGAAAAAGGUGGAAAAUGUUUUUUACUGAAGAAAUUAAAAAGAGCAUGAUUUCAUUCGUUCUCCAUCUCUGGGAUCCCAACCCAAAGAUAGGUACGGCCUGUCGGGAUGCCUUGGCUGCCUGUAUACCAUUUCUUGGUGUCCAAGAUUUACAUGCACUACUGGAUCGCUUUGUUGACUGCCAGGAAAUGCCAAAGAACAGGGAAUUCUAUAAAGAUCUAUGCAUGAAGUUGGCAAAGAAGAACCAAGACCUCCUCUGGAUCCUUCACACCCACACAUUUGCCUACUUCAAUAGUUCCUGGGAAGGAAUCCGAAGUGGUGCAGCCAAACUCACAGAUGCCAUUAUUCAGAAUGUGACACCUCAGUUCUUGGAGAUGCUAGACCGAGAACAACUGGACUCAUGUCUCCAGGCACUUAGGGAAGAUCCCUGUGUCAGUGUCCAGAGAGCUGCCGAAGCCGCCAUGCAGACCUUUUUGAGAAGAUGUAGAGAGAUAAGCAACCAUUCAUAAACUGUCAGGAAAUAAACUGCUGGGCUUUUUAUAUGA